AUGACCUGCAGAGCUGGGACCAAUGUAACAAAGGGUACCAUCAGUAACACACUACGCCACCAGGGACUCAGAUCCUGCAGUGCCAGAUGUGUCCCCCUGCUUAAGCCAGUACAUAUCUGGGCCCAUCUGAAGUUUGCUAGAGAGUAUUUGGAUGAUCCAGAAGAGGAUUGGGAGAAUGUCACAUGGUCAGAUGAAACCAAAGUAGAACUGUUUGGUAGAAACACAACUCGUCGUGUUUGGAGGAGAGAGAAUGCUGACUUGCAUCAAAAGAACAUCAUACCUACUAUGAAGCACAGGGGUGGCAACAUCAUGCUUUGGGGCUGUUUCUCUAUAAAGGGACCAGGACGACUGAUCCAUAGGAGAAUAGUUCCACAGAUUACAUCAGCUAUGAAAGCUGAUGCCAGUAAGAAAUUACUAAAAAAAAAGAAGGGGGACCUUGAUACUUCAGCAAUAAAGUUGGAAUUUGAUGAAGAAUUUGGUGGUACACCAAUAGAAGGUGCUGGAGAAGAGUUGCUUAAUACCCCUGGUCCAGUGAUUAAGACCCCUAAGCCCAAGAGAGAGAAGAAAGAGCCUGGUACUAGAGUAAGAAGAACACCGUCUGCCACAAAGACUUCUGCAAAAAAAGUAAAGAAACGAAACCCAUGGUCAGAUGAUGAAACAAAAUCUGAAAGUGACUUAGAAGAAAAUGACCCUGUGAUUAUCCCAAGACAUUCUUUACUUAGAAGAGCUGCAGCUGAAAGGCCCAAAUACACCUUUGAUUUCUCGGAAGAAGAAGAAGAUGCUGAUGAUGAUGAAGAUGCCAACAACAAUGAUCUUAAUGAACUCAAAGUAAAAACAUCUCCAAACAUCAAUGACAGAGAAGAUGAAUUUGUGCCUUCAGAUAGUCUUGAAAAGGAUGAAUAUGAUUUCUCUCCAAUCAAAACAAAGCCUUCUUCAGAGAAGGUUUCCCAAGACAAAACUAAUCAAGAUUUUGGUAACCUGUUCACGUUUCCUUCUUAUUCUCGGAAAGCCAAUAUUGAUACAUCAAAAUUUGACAGUGAUGAGGAAGAUUCAACACCAGUCUUUUCUUCAACUUUUAUUCCAAAACAAACAGAGACACUUUCAAGUAAAACAGUUGUUACUAAAAAAGCAAAACUAUCAUCAGAUAUGCCCUCUAAGCUGAAAAGAUCUCCAAAACCUAAGAAGAUGGAACUAAUAAACUCUGAUUCAGAAUCUGAAUUUGGUAUUCCAAAGAAGUCCAUUGUUCCCAAAGGAAAAGGCAGGGGAGCGAAAAAAAGGAAAAUAUCCGGUUCUGAAAAUGAAGGUGAAUAUAACCCUGGAAGAAAAUCACCCAAGUCAAUUCCGAGCAAGAAACUGAAGAAAACAGCCUUUGAUCAGGAUUCUGAUGUAGACAUUUUACCAUCUGACUUUGCUUCUGAAACAACUUCCAGGCCACGGACAGGUCGCGCAAGAAAAGAAGUGAAGUAUUUUGCAGAGUCUGAUGAAGAUGAUGAUUUUCCUAUGUUUUAAUUAAGUGCUGAAAGAGCACACAAACUUCCAACAAAUAUCUUAUGUUGUCCUUUUCUGUCGCAGACUUUUUGUACAUUUGACUUAUUUUAUGUGAUGUAAUUGAUGGUUUUUAUUAUUGUGUGUAGGCAUUUUAACAUUUUGUUCUUACACUUACAGUUUUAUGCUCUUUUUUACUCAUUGAAAUGUCAUGUGUCUGACCGGCUUGUAGAAAUGUUCUAGAGAGCUGUGCAAAAAGCACACAUUUUAAUUGUCAUGGUUGCAAACGGCAACUUUUUGAAAUGAAGUUUAAACAUUAAAAAUAUAAAACCA